AUGAAAUUCACCAACAUGGUUCUGGCCGCCAGCGCUGCUGGUAUGGCCGUCGCUUACCCGAGUGGCCGCGAGAUUAUUCCCAAUGGCCGCGAGAUCAGCACUACCAAGCGUAGCGUUGAGAAGCGUGCCAACGGCUUCACCUGGUUCGGUGUCAGCGAAUCCGGUGCGGAGUUCGGUCCUGGAAACAUCCCCGGAACUCUCGGCAAGGACUACACUUGGCCCGUUGCUUCGAAGAUCCAGACCCUCCGUGACGCGGGUAUGAACGUCUUCCGUAUCCCCUUCCUGAUGGAGCGUCUCGUGCCCGGCAGCAUUACUGGCUCCUUCGACGCCACUUACUUGGCUUCUCUCAAGUCUACCGUCGAGACCGUCACCAAGAGCGGUGCCUAUGCUGUCCUUGACCCCCACAACUAUGGCCGAUAUGGCGGUAACAUCAUUUCCUCCACCGAUGACUUCAAGGCCUGGUGGAAGAAGGUUGCUGGCGAGUUCGUCUCUAACGACAAGGUCAUCUUCGACACCAACAACGAGUACCACGAUAUGGAUCAGACCCUCGUCCUCAACCUGAACCAGGCCGCCAUUGACGGUAUCCGUGCCGCCGGCGCCAAGUCCCAGUACAUCUUCGUCGAGGGUAACGCCUGGACCGGUGCCUGGUCUUGGACUGACAACAACGACAACAUGAAGGGUCUGACCGACCCUCAGGGCAAGAUCGUCUACGAGAUGCACCAAUACCUUGACGGUGACAAGUCCGGUACCUCCGAGUCCUGUGUCAGCGCCACCAUCGGUAGCGAGCGUCUCAAGUCCGCCACCGCUUGGCUCAAGAGCAACAACAAGAAGGGUUUCGUUGGCGAGUUCGCCGGUGGUGCCAACUCCGUCUGCGAGUCUGCCGUCAGUGACAUGCUCUCCUACAUGCAGGAGAACUCCGAUGUCUGGAUGGGUGCUUCUUGGUGGUCUGCCGGUCCCUGGUGGGGAUCCUACAUGUACUCCCUCGAGCCCACCGAUGGUCCCGCCUACGCUGCCUACCUCCCUAUCCUGAAGAAGUACUUCCCCAGCGGUUCCGCUGCCUCCGUUGACAACACCGGCUCCUCUGCUCCCUCCACCACCAAGGCCCCCGUCCAGAUCACCACCACCGCCGCCCCUAUCUCCAAGCCCAUCUCCACCGAGCCGGCUCAGAAUGCGGCCCCUGCUCCUUCUGUCACCUCUGCCACCACUGCUCCUGCCGCCUCAACCUUGACCACCCAGCCCGCCCCCAAGAAGUCCGCCUGCAGCGCUAAGCCCGUUACUACUGCACCUGCUGCCACCGAGCCCGCUACCACCCAGCCCGCUGCCACUCAGCCCGCCUCCACCGGCGGCGACACUGUCGCUCGCUGGUACCAGUGUGGUGGUAUGCACUACACCGGCUCCACCACCUGCGCGAGCGGCCUCAAGUGUGUUGUGCAGAAUCCUUACUACUCCCAGUGCCUGUAA